GUUUUGAUAUACCGAAACCGGCUGGGUUAUAGAUAAUCGGGUCAGAAUGAUGUCAUAGCACUAACUAUAAUUUUAAAAGUGACGUAGCUAUUUCCACAUUAGUGGCGGAGUGUUGAGCACGGAACGCGGGUUUACAGUGUUAUUAUUGUAAUUACAAAAUAACCUGUGAUUUGAAAAUGUCUUAUUACCAAGAAAGAAUAGCCGGAGCUAUUCCACCACCAGCUCUCAAUGACAAACUGAGGCUAUACCAUGUUGAAAUGAACCCCUACGGUCACAGGGUCCUAUUGAUCCUAGAAGCCAAAAAAGCAAAGUACGAAGUAUACAAACUAGAUCCAUUGAGGUUGCCCGAGUGGUUCAAAUCGAAAAAUCCUAGAUUAAAGAUACCAGUAUUAGAAAUACCAACAGACCACGGAGACCGUUAUCUAUUUGAAAGCGUGGUAAUAUGUGACUAUUUGGACGAAAAGUACCCUAGAAACCCACUUCAUUCAAAAGAUCCGUAUGUAAAGGCGCAAGAUAGACUUUUAAUCGAAAGAUUUAAUGAGUUAAUAAAAGGCAGCCUGGAAUGCUUCGACACUAAUUUUGCAUUCGGCAGCGAGCAGAUUAUGCAAACUUUGGACAUUUUCGAAAAAGAACUAGCGACAAGGGAAACUACUUACUUCGGUGGCAGCAGACCUGGGAUGCUGGAUUAUAUGAUCUGGCCGUGGGUAGAAAGGCUUUAUCUAUUAAGAUGUGUCAACGAGAGGAAAUUUGACGAAAAACGGAAUCUCUUCCCUAACUUCGCGAACUGGGGUGACUACAUGCAGCUAGAUGACGUUGUGAAGAAACAUUCAAAUUCACCGCGUGAUUAUUUUGAGUACUACAAAAACGCACGGGCCCAUUCAAUGGGUUAUUAUUUAUAGAGUAAAAAAUAUGUUUAAUGUGUAAUCACAAAAACGCCUCUGCCAGGGACGCUAAUGUUUGAUAACAAAAAUAUUUUUUAAAUUAAUAUCAACCGUUAUACCGUCUGACCAAUGCUUGCUAUCGCAGUUUCCAAGCACACGUUAUGUCAGUUUUCAUACGCACGAAUCCAUUUUGUUAACAUCCUCCAGAAUAAGAUUCUUACUUCAGGUAUAGCUAUGAUUUUAAAAACUUGAAUAGAUUAAGAGAUAAUUUCAGUUUUUAUCAGAUAACGGCAUAGUGCAAUAUGUUAUUAUUGCAUCUGGAACUACAUCUACGAAUAAAAUAUAUUAUGGUGAACAAAAAAGCGUUAGUUGGUCGUUGAUAAACAAUAAUAUAUGUAAGAAAAAAACAUCUCAAUCGUUAUAGACCUGUUUUGGUAUAUUAUUUAUUCAGCACACAAUUCCGAUUGUGAGUGACACAUGUCUUGGCAGGGGCUCGUCGAUCUUUGUAAUAAUGACGCAAUUUAUUACUUUUUAGAGAUCAGAAAAUGUAAUUAAAAUGAUAACAAUAAUGUAUUAUAAACAUAAUGUAGUUCAUCUUUGUAGCUAUACCAAUAUAAUAUAUUUUUGAAUAACACCGGUCAAUGGUCCUUAAUGUUGUUAUUAACGUAAAAAGUAGGCAUACCUACAUUAUUACAUUGUGUCAUUAUUAAAAAGUAAAAAAUGUGAAUUUGUUUGGAAUAAAAGAUAAAAAGGGAAAUUUGGAAUCUGAUAGAGACCCAGGUCAAAUACUUAGCAUUUAAAAAUUUAGGGAUUAUUUUCGGGCAUAACCAGCCUUUGGAGCAUUGUAGGUAUAUUAUUAUUAUCACAAUUUAGUCAUAAUAACGGACACAUUGGCUGUGUACCAACCGGUUACGACAAGAAAUAAAGUUCAGAAAAAUCUCAGGGUAGAAGAUUAUGAACUCGUAAAAUAUUGCUUCGCAGUUUUAUGGUGCAAAUGUCUAUUAUGUGCUAUAAGAUUUUUUCGGGAUCUUUUCUUCGGUACGAAGUUAAUGAUAUUUUCUAAGUCAUUUCAUGAUAGGCGAUAUUAAUAUAUCGGAAAGGCGUUUGAAUAAACUAAAUAUAGUUUUUCUUUAGGUUUUGGUUUGAAAGAUUUUAACCGAAAUUUCUAAACUUAAAUGUACUGUUGGGAAGGAUAAUAAGUUAAGAGGUGGAAAGCACGUCAUUCAGAGAUGUUGGUGUGCUUUGUAAUAUUGAAUGCCUGCAUAAGUUACAUACCUACAUAAUAUAUUAAGUAUAUUAUUAUGUAGGUUUAAGUAUUUUUGGAAAAAUAAACGCAAUUAUCAUUAAACGUGUUAAAUAAGUGUUGUAAGUAUUGUAUUAAAAUAUACACUCGCAACUUGCAACUCGCACAAAACUCUGUAAGAUGGGUAGAAUAGUGAUUAUCCGGAGUUGCUACAGAAGGUAUUUAGUAUUGACUUGUUUUGUAUUCUGAGUAUUUUCUACUUUGUUUACGCAAUUAUUAUUGACACUUAACGACUCAUAAUAAAGUUAAUUACUUACUUUUAGCAAUUUGUAAAAGGUAACGGCUAUAGGCCGUCACAUAAGCUAAAGCAACUAAUUAAAAUAAUAAUGAUUAACAGUAUUUGACCUUCUUUAGUCUCUCUAGUGUUGAAUAUUUUCCAUAGCAUAUGCAAAAUUACGACUAUUAUUAUUAUUAUACAUGCACAAAGAGAAUAAAGCUGUUCUCUCGAUAGUGGGUUCACUAUAUCUAUGGAUACAUAUUGAGGUAAGAUAUAAUAUUGUAACCAGGUAUUAAUAGCGAAACAGUUACACGUAAACAAUAUUAUUUUUGGCUUUACCAAAUUUUACCAUUUACAAAGAGUUUUAAAUGUAUACACUUAUAUACCCUGGGACCUGUUACAACGAGUACAGGCACAAACUCUGUGGGGGUUUUGAGAGCUGUAAAUUAUACACGAAAAUGUGCACUUAAAUAUAAGGUUGUAUAAUUUAGUUUUAUAAGUGCAUCGAACAAUUUAUCGUUUUCUUUUUGGAAUUUCCUAAUCGAAUAUCAAUUUUAAGAUAAGGGAAUAUGAAGUAAUCUCUUAGGAUUUAUGUCAUUGCGUUUACAUAUAAUUAUAAAUUAUAUUGAUAAGCCUUUUUUAGCUUAUGAAAAUGUUAACUGCGGACUAUAAAUUGUUUAUUAAAGUGGCUUCUAGUCUCAAGCAUCUAACUGGUAACUCAUAUGACACUACUUUAGUAGAUAAAAGUUAAAUUUUGAGAAACAAAAUAAUCUAAAUAAAACAACAGAAAGACUUUUCCGACUUUCCAGAAGCUAAUUCAGUUUAUGUACCUUGUAACUAUUUAUACAAAAAUGUUUAUUUGAAAUAUUAAUACACGCACAGUUUCAUUUUAUACUUAUAUAUUUUUAUUUUAUAGUUUUAGUUAUAUUCAGCGGGUAUUACGGUGUCUGGCUAUAUUCCCUUUAUAGACGCAUCAAUUAACACAGGAAAUUCAUAACCCUCCUGAUACCGUCGCGUCGGGUAAUUUGAUUUAUGGCAUAUUUAUUCGAAAACGCAAACGCUGUAAUUAUUGUUUUCGAACCUAACUCAAAAGUUUGGCAUUUUAGAAGCAUUUUUUAUUUGAAAUAUAUAUAGUAUCUUGUACUUAAAAUUAUUUUUAUAUGUAAGUUGUUUAUAAAAAAUAUUUGUGAGGGGAUUCAAAUUUGACGGUAUCACAUACCUACCUCUUUUAUUAUUAAUUAUUCGUAAUUGCAAGUAGGUACUAUUUAUUUUUUGUGUAUGACACAGUAUAAGGUAUGUGAUUCCUCUAUUUCCAUGUCCUCUAUGUGAACAUUUUUGUCUAAACAUAAAAAUAUGUGUAAAACGUAUGAAUACGUACUCUAAAUUUAUAAUAAAUAUGUUUUCGCAUA